AACGACCGUUUGGACAAACAGACCAGUCGUUGACCUGCUGCUCUUUUACUUUAUUUUACAAAUAAAUGAAUACACAAGAAAAGAAAGCAGUAAUGAAAUGAAUAUCCUAUAAAUCCUAAUGUUAAUUUGAUGGAAUAAAACUUCUUUCAUUACGUCUUCGGCAGCGAAGAUUUUUAUCAUUUUCAUUUCAUCUAUAACAAUAACUUUCUUCCAGCCCCGAGGUGAUGUCUCCUCAUAACUCUCAUAACUCCAAUAUCAAUGUGUGUGUGUUGUCACGUCACUAUUCACCAGUUGAACCCUGAGACGAGUCGGAGCAGUUCCACAUUCUUCAGAAAUCUGAUGAGGGAGAUUUCUUCUCAGGAAAAUAAAUAACUAACCAUUUUCUUAAGAACCGUGAUGACUGACAGGAGGCGUCUACCUGCCCUGAAGUAGAAUACGUCUUUCACAACGUUGCUCCAGAACAACUUCAGAUUUCCUCAACACCACAGAUUCUCUGUGAUUGGUUCGUCGUGCACCGGCCGACACAUAAAAGCAGCUGCAGGGACGUUGAGAUUCACAACACAGGAGACAAAGAGGAUCAGAAAACAAUCUGCCUGACAUCAACAUGUGUGAUCGUCCAACAGAGAUGGAAAGAAAACUGGAGAAACUGGAGGAGAAGCUGAAGGAGCUGGAAGACAAGAUGAAACAAUCAGGAAAAGGCAAAGUGGCGUUCAGUGUCGCAGCAGAACAGGGCGGGGCCGUCGGACCCUUGAGCGCAAACACGACUCUGAGGUUCAACACCGAGAUGUCAAACGUCGACAACGUCUUCAAUCUGAAUACAGGCAUCUUCACCGCGCCUGUCGACGGGUUGUAUUAUUUCACCUUCUUCUACCGAACCCCGGCGAACAAAGAGUCCAUGCUGAUUCUGUACAAGAACGGCCGAGAGGUUCUGAAGAGCUCCGAGACAGCGCGCUACUAUGGCGGAACUGACACUGCAGGAAAUGCAGCGAUACUGAAGCUGAAGGCGGAUGAUGAGCUGUAUCUGACGCUGCCUGCAGGGAACAGCAUUUGGGCAGCGGGUCGCCAAACCACCUUCAGUGGUUUUCUGCUGGAUUUCUGCCACUGUCAUCACGGGUGACUCCUCAGAGACGAGGCCAAGAACCAGUGAACCUGUGCAACUGUGUUCAACCCAAAUAAAUCAUCCUGGCAUCAGUGA